AUGCAUCUGGAAAAGAAGACACUCGAGCAGAAGAAUCAGGAGCUGGUCAAGGCGUUCAGCGAGAAGAGCAAGGCGCACCAGCGACUGACCAAGCUAUACCAACGAGCCAAAGGCACUCAUGAUGCUGAGCAGAUGCGAUACGCGGCCGCAGACGAUGUCGACCAUGUGAUACAGUCAAUGCAAGGGCCUGGAUUCACCGAAGUGCUUCGAGACAGGACACCUCAGCGACCGGCUUCAAUGCCUCGAAGAGGAAGUGGCCAAGAUAUGCCUCAAGUGUACAGUCAUAGCAGGGUGGGUAGCUAUGGCGGGAGCAAGAAUCAGGUGUGGUCGAGUCAAAACUCUCGAGGAGGNACUGGAGCUCUCGCAACCCUCAGGCUCCCCAUCACUGAGCUCUAG